CACACUAACACACACGCACACACAGUCAGUCAGUCAUCAACCCUCAUUCAACUCCCUCCCAGCCACGGGUCAGCAGCUCAGACAGGCACCUUGUUCCUCUCCAUCUGGAAAGAGCAGAGCAUCGCAAGGUGCACACACACACACAUGCACACACAUUUACACACAUUUUCACCCAUAUAUAAACACCAACACACAAGCAUCAUCCUUCAACCUGCCGGACUUUUAUCUUUGGAACGGGAAGGCGGACUUCAUUCCGAGGAGCAACUUUUUAACAAUGUGAAAAGCCAGGAGAUGACCUCUGGAGGAACUUUGACAAGCUUGUUGCAGUAGGACGCAAAAAAACAACAACCCAUCUCCUCGCCAUCCAUCCUUCUGCUGGGACGUCUCCCCCAUCAUCAGCAUGCCUACAGCUUGCACAAUAAGGUGCACCUCGGGAGUGUGACCCACCAUGUGCAGAUGGACGCCAUCCCGAGCUCACCUCCAUCCUCCUGAAGAUGCUCGCAGGCGACGACGACCUCCGCCGCCCAGCGCGGCCUCCCUCUGCCUGACAUGCAUGGCCGUACUCCUGGCGGCUGCAGGCGUCGCAUCCGGGGCCUGCCCCCCCAGGUUGGGCCACGAACCCCUCCAGGUGGUGGCGGGCGGCGUGAACUGCUCGUGGACUUUGGAGAGGCACACCCGCAGUUACAACCACCUCGAGGGCGACGUGAGGCUGCGGCGGCUUUACUCGGCCAACAAGUUCUUCCUGUGCAUUGACAAAACGGGCAAGGUGGACGGCACGCGGCGGAAAAACUACGCAGACAGCCUGAUGGAAAUUCGAUCUGUCAGUGUGGGAGUUGUUGCCAUCAAAUCUGUCAGUACCGGGCUGUACUUAGCCAUGUCCAAGAAAGGCACGCUCUUCGGAUCGAUCAAGUACAACCCCAGCUGCAAGUUCAAGGAGCGUAUCGAGGAGAACGGCUACAACACGUACGCCUCCCUCCGCUGGAAGCACGGCGGCCGGCAGAUGUUCGUCUCCCUCAACGGGCGGGGAAAGCCACGCCGAGGCCACAAGGCUCGGCGAAGACACCCUUCCACUCACUUCCUGCCCAUGCUGCCCUCCUAGCUCGCCCCCGCCCGCAUUCGGCCUUCUUUGGACCUGGACGGCCUUGUUCAUUUGGACCCUAACCUUCCUUCCGUGUCAGAUACAUUGGAUCAGAUCUGUGACAUUUGUUUGUAGACGUAGUUUGUGCUUUUAAGUUAUUUUCUAAAGACUGUAAAGACAGCAGAGUGGUAUUAUCCUCAGGCUGUGUGUGUGUGUGACUGAGUGUGUGCGUGUGCGCGCGUGUGUGUGUGGACACUCAACUGGAGCUUCACAUGGACUACUUUUAGUUAAGUCAACAAGAAGGGAUGCAUCUAAGCCCGCAGAGACGAGACUAUCACUGUCCUCAUCUUGGAUAUUGGACUUCUGCGAAAGAGACCUCAUGAGAAAACUCAACGUCAUGUCGUCACGUGAUGAGAACACGGUGAAAAUAGGUGGACACUUUCUAGCAUUUUUUCUUUUUUAAAUGAUCUGUUUGUAAAGCAACAGGCAUGCGACCCUGAAGAUGGCUUCUGUAAAGUCCAACUAACCUUUCCAUCACAUCAUAGACUGUACUGUAGCUACAUUCCGUGUGACUGACGUAGCGGCCAGAUCACAAGCAUUUUCUACACUAAACAAAAUGUUAACAUUUUCCCACUC